AUGGGCUUCGGCGUCCUCCAGCUAAUGGACUUCAUCGCGCGCCGCGCGUUCCUUGGCGCCGGCCUCCAACCCCACACCAUCUCUCUGCACACCGCCACCUCGACCGAUACGGGCGGCGUCGGCGGCGGCGCAUCGGGGCAGCGCAACAUCCACAUCCACUACUGGGCGCCGCCGGGGGAGCCGCGGCUCCCUCCGCUGCUGCUCAUCCACGGCUUCGGGCCCAUGGCCACCUGGCAGUGGCGCCGGCAGGUGGGCCCGCUGUCCCGCCACUUCCACGUCGUCGUUCCGGACCUCCUCUGCUUCGGCGCCUCCUCCUCAUGCGGCUCCCCGGCGCCGUCCGAGUCCGCGCAGGCCGCCGCGCUGCUGGACGCGCUCCCGGGCCUCGCAGCGGGCGCCCGCGUGGCCGUCGUCGGCACCAGCUACGGCGGGUUCGUGGCCUACGCCCUGGCGCGCGCGGCGGGGCCCGACAGGGUCGGCCCCGCGGUGAUAUCCAACUCCGACCUGCUCAAGACGGCCGACGACGACAGGGCGCUCCUCCAGCGCACCGCUGACCUGCUCAUGCCACUGGACGCGCGCGGCGCGCGGCGGCUCAUCGAGAUGUCCUUCUACAGGAGGCAGGCCAUCACCUUGCUGCCGGACUUCGUGAUCGGACAGGCCGUGCAGCAACUUUUCACGGAUAAAAGGGAGGAGAAGAUUGAACUGAUGAAGGCAAUCACUGUCGGCACUGACGAGUUCCAACUGAUACCCCUGCCUCAGGACGUUUUGCUCAUCUGGGGAGACCACGAUCAAAUAUUUCCCUUGGAAAAGGCAUUUGCCGUCAAGAGGUGUUUAGGAGAGAAUGUUACGUUGGAAAUCGUCGAGAAAACAGGCCAUGUGCCUCAGAUGGAGGACCCGGAUCGGUUCAACAAGGUCGUCUUGGAUUUCUUACUGGCAUCACAAAAGCCUUCUUCGACUCGCCAUGCUCGGUAG